UCUUAGAUUUAUGGUUAAGCAAUAACAGAGGGAAACACAGUGUGAACAGAGGUCUUUGAUUUCCCAGGAUGACUGUGAAGUGGAUGUCUGUUCUGCUGCUCCUGCAGAUGAGUUGCUACUUCAAAUCUGGGAACUGUGGGAAGAUAUUGGUAUGGCCAAUGGAAUACAGUCACUGGAUGAAUCUAAAGACAAUACUGGAUGAACUUGUACAGAGGGGUCAUGAAGUGACAGUUCUGAGACCUUCAGCUUCCAUCUUUCUUGAUCCCAGAAAAUCACCUGGCCUGAAGUUUGAGAGUUUUCCUGUAUCUAUCAGUAAAGAUGAUCUGGACAAGGUUCUCACAACACUUGUGGAUGUAUGGACUUAUAAGACACCAAGAUAUAUGUGUUUAUCACUCUCUUCUAUGCUACAAAACAUGUUUGAGGAAUAUUCUAAUAGCUAUCUAAGGCUUUGCAAAGACACAGUUUCAAAUAAACAACUUAUGACAAAACUACAGAGAUCCAAGUUUGAUAUCCUUGUCUCAGAUGCCAUUGCUCCCUGUGGGGAGCUGAUAGCUGAACUUCUCCAGAUUCCUUUUUUGUACAGUCUUCGCUUCUCUACUGGCUAUACAAUGGAAAAGUACAGUGGAAGAUUUCUUUUCCCUCCCUCUUAUGUACCUAUAAUUUUGUCAGGACUAGGUGGUCAAAUGACAUUCAUGGAGAGGGUAAAAAAUAUGAUAUGUAUGUUUUAUUUUGACUUUUGGUUCCAGACAUUUAAUGAGAAGAAAUGGAGUCAGUUUUACAGUGAAACAUUGGGUAGGCCCACUACCUUAACUGAGACAAUAGGCAAAGCAGAAAUGUGGCUCAUUAGAUCCUACUGGGAUUUGGAGUUUCCUCGCCCAACCUUACCAAAUGCUGACUAUGUUGGAGGUCUCCACUGCAAACCUGCCAAACCCUUGCCGAAGGAAAUGGAAGAUUUUGUCCAGAGCUCUGGAGAGCAUGGUGUCGUGGUGUUUUCUCUGGGGUCAAUGGUCAGCAACAUGUCAGAAGAAAAAGCCAAUGCAAUCGCAUGGGCCCUUGCCCAGAUUCCACAAAAGGUUAUUUGGAGAUUUGAUGGCAAAAUACCAAACACCUUAGGACUCAAUACCAGAGUCUACAAAUGGCUCCCCCAGAAUGACCUUCUAGUUCAUCUUAUUCUAGGUCAUCCAAAAACCAAAGCCUUUAUAACCCAUGGUGGAGCCAAUGGAAUGUAUGAGGCAAUCCAUUUUGGAAUCCCUAUGAUUGGCAUUCCUUUGUUUGGAGAUCAACAUGAUAACAUUGCCUACAUAGUAGCCAAAGGAGCAGCUGUUUCUUUAGAUUUCAAAACACUGUCAAGGACAGAUUUGCUCAAUGCACUGGAGGCCGUCAUAGAUAAUCCUUCCUAUAAAGAGAAUGCAAUGUGGUUGUCAACCAUUCACCAUGAACAGCCCAUGAAACCCUUGGACAGAGUCAUCUUCUGGAUUGAGUUUGUCAUGUGCCACAAAGGGGCCAAGCACCUGAGGCCACUUGCACACAACCUCACCUGGUACCAGUACCACUCUCUGGAUGUGAUUGGAUUCCUACUGGCCUGUGUGGCAGCCACAGCUUUCAUUUCCAUAAAAUCCUUCUUAUUCUUUUAUCAAAAGUGUGUAAAGACAGGAAAGAAAACAAAGAGUGAGUAGAGAAGGCACAUGAACUACAUUUUAGUAUUGUUCUAGUUUAUGAACGGCCUUCUGAACAUUCAUUGAUUACUCUAUCAAGGCAUAUCUUCAUUAGAUGGGAAGGGAGAAAUAAUGCAAUUAUAUUAUAAUCUCACAAACUAAAAGACAUAAUGAAAAAAAAACUGAGCAAAUGAUAAGGAACAACCUACUAAGCAUAUUGUCUCUAAGGUAUCUGCUUUAGUCCUGCCUCCUGAGUCCUUCCUUGAACCCCUGGCCUACAUUUCCUCAACAAUGGACAGGGAGCUAUGAGAUGAAAUAAACCCUCUU